GGCGAAGACAGCGGGUCAAACUUGCAGAAGCUGUUUCUUGUUGGCUUCCUGUCACAGCCGGUGUCCCCCAAGGUACGAAGUUGGGUCCGAUCCUGUUCUUAAUUAUGGUCAAUGAUUUACAAUGCGGUUCGGGGAGGCCAAGCAAUUGGAAAUUCGUUGAUGAUGUUACUAUCUCUGAGGGAUUAUUAAGGAAUGGGGAACCGUCUGUAAUCCAGUCUGAUUUAACUUCUAUAGCUACAUGGGCAUCUAAUAACCUGAUGAAAUUGAACGCAAAGAAAUGCAAAGAGAUGCAAAUUUGUUUCUUUCGGAACAAACCUGAACUACCACACUUGUGUGUUGAAGACCAGAUCUUAGAAUGUAUAUCGUCGCACAAGGUUCUUGGAUUGAUUAUCCAGGAUGACCUUAAGUGGAACGAACAUAUUUCGAUGAUUGUUACCAAAGCAUCCAAGCGACUGCAUAUCCUACGUGUCCUACGACGGGGAGGGAUCCCACCGCACGACCUUAUCACAAUUUAUUAUGCAUUGAUUAGAUCUACAUUAGAAUAUUGUUGUACAGUAUGGCAUUGUGGUCUACCUAUGUAUCUGUCUGAACAAGUCGAGAAAAUUCAAAAACGUGCACUGAGGAUUAUACUGCCAGGUCGAUCCUACGGUGAAGCGCAAGAAAUGUUGCAGCGUCCUAGGCUGGAUAUACGUCGAGGUGAACUUUGCGAAAAGACGAUAAAAAAUAUUGCAUUGGGCAGUCGUCUUUCUUCCCAUCUAACUCUCACCAGUGAAAACGAACAUGUGUAUAAUUUAAGGAAUUUUAAACAAUUCGCUUCUUUUAAAUGUAGAACUGAUAGAUUUGGUAAUAGUUUUUUCCCUAGCAUGAUUAGUGUUUUAAACAAAUAA